AUGUUUGGAGUUGAAUUGACUACCAAGAACAACAAAGGUCUGUUUGUAGUUAAGAUUGAGGCAACUGCUGAUGCUGGUGCAGUCGCUCAUGAGGGAGCUAAUUGCAACUCUGGUCUGAAAUUUCUGUCAUUGUUUGGAGAAGAAAGCAUGGAGGCCCCCUUGACUAAGAAUUCUACUAAGAAGAAUCUGAAGAUUGAAGUUUCCCGCGUUGAAGUUGAAGAAGUUCUGAACAAGAUGGUUGAUGAUCCUCACAUAAUUGUCAUAUCAGAUGAUGAGGAUGAUGUUGGUGCUUGAUGCAUCUCUUAGCUUAUUAUCUACAUGGAAGAUGCUGGACGUUAGUUGUCCUCUCUUGCUAUAAAAGAUGAAGAUUGUCUUCUAAGACAACUGCCACCAAGGGCUUUCUAUUUUGCUACUAUUAUCAUCUACUACUAUUAGGUCUUUUUGAUGGGUGAAUUGGAACUUGUACACACUCCAAUUUGAUGUUGUGUACUUAGGAAUAUGUAGUUUGCAUUGGAUGUAUCCUGAAAAAUGUUGUUAUGCAACCAUAUAUAUUAAUUAAAUAACUUCCAUGUUUAGAAGUUUCUGUUCA